GGUGAGCAGGGGCCCCCAGCUAUGGCUCCGCAGAUCUGUGGAGUUUUCAUCUGCUGUACUGUUUAAGCAUGCACCGAGGAGAGGAGCACGGGCAAGAACUUCAGGGGCUGGUGACCUUUGAAGAUGUGGCUGUCUAUUUCACCCAGGAGCAGUGGGCUCUGUUGGACCCUGACCAGAGAACCUUGUACAGGGAAGUCAUGCUGGAAAAUUAUGAGAAUGUGACUACACCGGGACUUCCAGUUCUUAAACCUGAUCUUGUUUCCCGUCUGGAACGAGGGCAGGAGCCUUGGGCGCCAGAUUCUCAGAUCUUGAACGGACGAAAAAUCUCUGAUGCCAUCUCAGAUAACCUUAGAAAAAAGCACUUAUGUACUGUGUGUGGGAAACGCUUUACUCAGAAACCUAACCUGAACAGACACCUGAGAAUCCACACAGGGGAAAAACCUUAUAAAUGCUCGGAAUGUGGCAAGUGUUUUGGAUGUCAGUCUCACCUUGACACCGGGCAGGAAUCUAUGCUGAGAGAGACGCCGCAUAUAAAUGCUCAGUCUGUGGAAGUGCGUUUUGCUUGCCAGUCUCAGCUGGUGAUCCACCAGAGAUACCACACAGGAGAGAAGCCUUAUAAAUGCAGUGACUGUGGGAAAUGUUUUGCUGACCCUUCAGCCCUUGUGAGCCACAAGAGAAUCCAUGUAGAAGACAGAUCCCAUAAAUGCACUGAGUGUGGAAAGAGCUUUGUUCAACUGUCUCACCUCGUGAAACACCAGCGGGUCCAUACCGGUGAGAAACCGUAUAAAUGCACUGAGUGUGGGAAAUGUUUUGCAGACCGUUCAGUCUUUGCAAAGCAUCAGAGAGUCCACACUGGCGAGAGGCCUUACAAAUGCUUGGAGUGUGGGAAAUCCUUUGCCCGUCAAGAGCACCUUGGAAGCCACCGGAGAGUCCACACAGGGGAGAAACCUUAUAGAUGUUUAGAGUGUGGGAAAUGUUUUGCUCGCCAGUCACAUGUCAUAAGCCACCAGAGGGUCCACACGGGAGAGAAACCUUGCAAGUGCUUGGAGUGUGGCAAAUGUUUUUCAGAGCGCUCAACAUUUGUGAGGCACCAGAGGAUCCACACAGGAGAGAAACCGUAUCGGUGUUUGGAUUGUGAAAAAUGUUUUGCUUCUCCUUCACACCUUGCAAGGCAUCACAGACGACACACAGGAGAGAAACCUCACCGUUGCUUGGAGUGCGGGAAAGGGUUUGCUGAUCGCUCUGCCUUCGUGAAGCACCAAAGAGUUCACACAGGAGAGAAACCCUAUAAGUGCACAGAAUGUGGGCGAUGCUUUGCCAACCGGACACACUUGGUAACCCACCAGAGAGUCCACACAGGAGAGAAACCUUAUGGCUGCUUGGAGUGUGGGAAAAAGUUCAGUGCAAAUAGAAGCUUAAUUCAGCAUCAACGACAACAUAUAACCUAUCCUCUGGCCCAGUAUAUGCAAAACAUGUUACUUAGACAUCAAGCCCUGCGUGACGCCGGAGGGACUGGGCAGGAAAAGAAGCUCUAUGAAUGGCUUUCGUCUGGGAAAUGGCUGAAUCUCCAAAGAAGCCUUGUUCGUAAUGAAGAUAUCCGCAAGGAAGGGACACCUUUAGCAAUGCCUUGAUCAUUCCCGUGAGGUCAUUCAUCAAAAGCCUUGGCUUGCGCUGAUAUUCCAAGGGGCAGCAUUGUUGGCAUUAUUUCUACAGACUGGCUUGCAGGUGGUCAGAAUGGAGGGCACUGAAGCCAAACUGAACUUUUAGCAAAUUUUAAAGAUGGUUGCAAUUCUCAACAUAGGGAUUCUUGUCUUAAAACCUGAGCACAAAACUGAAGGCUUUUUGUGUGUUUUCGAAAAAAGCAGGCUGUCAGAUUUGUAUGAGUCUCAAAAGUUCUGUAAGUUAUCAACUUAAAUAGUGAAAUACCACUGACAUUGCAUGUCAGCUACUGUAGUUACUACAUAGAGGUGCGUGAUGGAUACCAAAUACUGUAUAUACCGGUGAUGGCGAACCUUUUCAAGACCGAGUGCCCAAAUUGCAACCCCAAACCCGCUUGUUUAUCACAAAGUGCCAACACGGCAAUUUAACCUGAGUACUGAGGUCU